UAAACCAGCCUAUGAUUGGCUGAGGCAAUCUGGCUCCAGGAAGUUGUGCUCAUUAGCCGACUGAAAAUCCUCAUGACAAUCUGCCAUUUACUUUCCUGAAACAAGAUCGCUUCACUCGGUGUCCUAAUGGCUGGAAGAAGAGUCGUGGUCUUCCCCUCAGCUGCAGAGCUUGGUCCAGCGCUGGCCCAUCUGGUGACAGCACGAGCAGAUAAGGCGAUCGCCUCUCGUGGCAGGUUCACCCUGGGUCUCUCUGGCGGAAGCCUGGUGUCUAUGCUCAGCAAGGAGCUGCCUGCUCUGCCAGAACUGGACUGCAGCAAGUGGGUGGUGGGUUUCUGUGACGAGCGACUGGUUUCCUUUGAUCACCCAGAGAGCACCUAUGGGCUUUACAAGAGUCAGCUUUUUUCAAAGGUCAAUAUUCCAGAUAGUGGCAUUCUAACCAUUGACUCAACUCUGCCAGUGGAUGAAUGCGCAGAGGACUACACCCGCAAACUAAAAGAGGCCUUCCCGGACGAUGACUUCCCCGUGUUUGACCUGCUGCUGCUCGGUAUGGGUCCUGAUGGCCACACCUGCUCCCUCUUCCCAGAUCAUCCUCUUCUGGAGGAAAAAAAGAAGGUUGUGGCACCCAUCAGCGACUCUCCAAAACCACCACCACAACGUGUCACCAUGACCUUUCCCGUGGUUAACUCUGCACGCUGUGUGGCUUUUGUAUCAACAGGAGGAAGCAAAGCAGCAGUUUUAAAGGAGGUGCUGGAGGGUGGAGAGGGUCCAGUGUUUCCAGCAGCCCGUGUUGUCCCAACUGGAGGCGAGCUGUUCUGGCUUGUCGAUGACCCUGCAGCUGCCUCACUAACAAUCCAGGUAGAGAGACCUGGGUCAGGGGCCAAACUGUAGCACCAACAAAGACAAAGCCAUUUUACUAGGCUAUGAUAACACUGGUUUGAAGAGACUAAAAGCAGGACAGUAUCUGUCCAAAUAGUUAAUUCAAAAUUUAGUAUUAAGAGUUGAAAAACAAAUUGUGAGAGGUUUUCAAGGCACAUUACACCAAGGUUAAAAUCAGCUGUUUUAUAUGUGAUUUGCCAUGCAGAAUGAUGCAUGUGUAGAAUUGGACAUGAGAAGUAAAUUCUAACUGUAUGCGGAAGGUCAUGGUACUGAAUCAUGUUGGAUCCAUAAUAAAAAGAAAAAUAUACAUUCUGUUUUGUUUGCUUUUUUGGAGUUUAAAAAAACAUUUAUUCCACACUUUGAUAACCACUGAGUUAGCCUCAAAACACAUGAUUUGAGACUGUGGAAAGAAGCUGGAGUACAUGGAGAAAACCCAUGAAAAGGAGAGCAAGAAAACUGGGCACAAAACGGUCUCCAAAUGGACUUGAGCCAUAGAUAUUCAUGUUAUGAGGCAAGAGCACAAAUUACAAGGGCACUGUUUGGCUCACAAGUAAAAGUAUAGUUGUUAUUCAUACCCAAGUAAAAGUAGAAAGUUCCGCUAUGAACAAAUUCUCAAAGUAUUUGUUACCUUUAAAUACAUUUUCUUGUGAAAGACUAAGCUUUUUGGUUGGGAAAACAUGCAAUUUGAAUAUUUAUUGAAAUGUGCGACUUGUACCUAAAUAUUAAUGCAAUUACACUCUUGAAAAAAUAAAUCAUUCAUGUACAAAUCCUCUAUAAUGCAGCAUAUUUAUAAUACACGCA